UCUGAUUUUGAUUAACUGUCAUGUUUAAUCAUUUUGUAGUUCUGUAUAAACCGCCGUGUGGAGCUAACCGGGGCCAAGCUAACUCUGGCUAAGCUAGCAAGCGCUAACGGUUAAAAUGUCCUCGUCAGGUUAAAAUCAUAGACUGUAUAAAUGCUAAAGCUGAAGUAAAGUUUGGGUUAAAAGUUUGUAACUGCGUGUCUUCGCCUGCCACCAGAGAUGAUCAGUUGUUUUAACUUUACGCGAGGUACACUGUGGUCAGUGUACCUCAAUACACGACAACUCAGACGAUUAUCGACCAUGGCCCAGACUGUCCGUCCGAUUCUCUCUGUCCUCCCCGUUCGGGCUCUGGUCGAUGAGAAGUUCAAGGUGGUGGUGGAGAAUCUGCCUCCAGCAUCUCCGGUAACACUUCACUCCCUCCACCAAUCUGAGGACAAGGACUUCUGGGAGGCCUACGGACACUACAUGAGUGAUCACAGAGGAACAGUGUCUGUUGCAGAGGAUUUGAGUUUUGGGGGCACGUACACAGGAAAAGAACCCAUGGGUUUGUUGUGGAGUAUGCGCCCUGUCCCAGGAAGCCGCAAAGGCCUCAGGUUGAGAAAGAUGGACGUCUGCAGCCCCGUGCUGGUCAACGUCUCUGUGUACAGUGGACAUAUAGCUGAGGGCUUCAGGGAGCAGGCUCCUCUGGCCUCGGCGCUCACAGAGAGAUGGUACAUGGCUCCAGGGGUCCAGAGGAUCGAUAUCAGAGAGAAAAGAGUGCGAGGGACCCUGUUUAUACCUCCAGGUCCAGGACCCUUCCCUGGGCUGAUGGAUAUGUGGGGAGGCGGUGGAGGGCUGUUGGAGUAUCGUUCGGCCUUGCUGGCGUCCCAUGGUUAUGCCUCUCUCGCACUGGAGUAUUUCAGCCCCGGUGAGCUGAGGUCAUCAGAUGUAGAGUUAAACUUUUUUGAGACAGCAUUCAGUAUUGUCAAGGACCAUCCUCAAGUGAUCCCGGAUAAAGUUGGAAUUUUUGGUCUUUCCCUGGGCUCGAUCGUGACCAUCUAUUUGGCAGCUGAGAGCACCAUUAUCAAGCCUUGUUGUUGUGUUUGUGUCAGCGGCAACCACUGUUUUCCACCUGGGGAGACCCUCAGAGGAAUCCAUCAAGUGUUGCUUGAGAAUUUUCACAAGGUACGUGUGGAUGAGAACAACCAUCAUAUAUGGCGAGAUAUGGGUCUAGCACUUAUCAGCGACCCCUCAAAGAAAGUGGACGUGGGGAAAAUAAACUGUCCAGUGUUGUUGGUCAACGGCCUCGAUGAUCAGAACUGGCCCACAGUGGAGUCUUCUGAGGAUAUCGCCCAGAUGAUGCGUGCUGCAGGGAAGGAGCACCUGCUGACCAGAGUGCAAUACCCCGGCACUGGACAUCUGAUUGAGCCGCCCUACUCACCUCACUUCAGGGCUACGAAGUUUGCAAUGGAUAGCACAAAAGAGAAAGUGAUAUUGCUGUGGGGAGGACAAACCAAACCCCAUGCAGACGCUCAGGAAGACUCCUGGAGGAAGAUCUUAGCUUUUCUACAGCAGCAUCUGUACUACAGCACCACUCCUAAAGCCAAGAUGUGAAUGAUUACAUAAGCCCACGAAUCACUGAGGUCAUUUUUACUACCUUAAAGAGACACCAAAAUCAAAACAUUUCAACAGUGUCACAACACCAAGACAAUCUAGAUGGAUAAAUAGCACUACAGGUAAGUAGGUUGGUUUUGAGGUGAACUGUGCCUUUAACACUACCACAUGGUAUUGGGUCCUAGCUAUAUUGACCGUGUGCCUUUUUUCUCAUGAUUUGAAGUGCACAAAAUAUGUUAUUCUUUUGAAUGAUCAGUUUAUGUUGUUUGUUUUGUCCGAAUUAUGCCUCUAUUUUAAUUAUUUAGUGUCCAAAAAGCCAUUAUCUGCAAACUUCAACCUUUGAGAUGUAUUUACAUGUGACAGUAAUUUUAAUGCAAGUUGUGGAUGUCUGAAGACCACAUCAGAAAGUCAUUUUUAUUAUACCAGAUAUUAUGAAAUAUUAUUAGAUUUGGUUUUAAACACGUUGACUUUGUUAAAUCAGGGUUUUUUCACUGAUUUAAAUGAAUAAGUCAAGUUUUCUACACAUUUCAGUCCACUUUUAUUUCAGGUAAAUACCCUUUUUUCUUAUUUUUUUUAAGGCACUACCUGAUGACAGUAACCUGAUAUUCAGACUGAAUAGACAUUAUUGCCGCUUGCUCAUUCAGUCUGACAUCUUGUUAGACGUUUUUGGAGGGACAAGAAUUUAAUAUUGUCCUAACUAAUAUUAACUAGUGAUUAAUAUUAACUAGUGAUUAAUAAUAAUAAUAAGUGAUGUCAUUUUCAGGUGAUAAUGUGUUAACUACUAACUUAAGUGUCCUGAUACAAGAAAAUAAUAGAUGAGGCAGAGAUUUCCAUGAUGUGCCUGAGAAUUCUACUGAAUCAAUAAUUUGUCUUUAUUACGAAACUUUAAAACAUCACAUUACACAUAAUUUUUUUAUUAAAAAUAAUACCAAAUACAAAAAAA